AUGAUGAUCCAGUAUUUUUACAAUCUCAACUAUUGCAAAGUGAUGCCGGACUCAAACUCUGACCCUAGUCACGAUGAUCUUUGUCAAACAACCGAAGAGCACUCAAAUGCGGGAGAUAUCUCUGACAUUCUCCUUCACGCCAAAGCAUAUGCAAUUGCCGAGAAGUAUGCUAUUGAUGAUCUCAAGAGUCUCGCUCGCACCAAGUUCGAGACGACUGCUCAACGAUCCUGGGAUACCGAUGACUUCCUUGAUGCUAUUGACGAAGCAUAUACCUCCACACUAGACAGCGAUAGGGGUUUGCGGGACAUUGUCCUGAAGGUCUUUGCUGAACACAAAGAGCUGCUGGACCGGGAACAAGUUAAAGUACUGCUUAGAAAACUAGGCUCGCUUACUUAUGAUCUUGUUAUGUACUACCACCAGAAAGGCAAGUCCGACGUUGGUUGGCAAUAG